AUGGUGCAGACAUCCAUCGACGGCAUCCGCGACCUGGAAGUCAGAGCUGCUGUGAGGCUCGGGCACCACGAGACGCUUAAGAACGCUUUGGCCCAUGCACUGGAAGUGGAAGCCGUGCGGCAGGAUCAUCGUUCCCAUCGCGUCAGGGAGGUCGCAGCAGCUACAGUCCGUGACCGCAGCAAAGGAUACGGCCCUAGGUGCUAUGGCUGUGGCGAAAAGGGCCAUCUUCGAUCCAGCUGCCCUAAGCGAACCCUAGAAAGGGAAGGUGAACGAUCUCAGGAGGGUAGUGCGGCCAACAGCACCGCCCAGCAGCAGCAGAAAUACGACUUUACUAUCAGACACUGCAGCGGGAAAUCUCACGGCAACGCAGAUGCAUUGUCAAGAAGACCUUUUCCUGAAGAUUGCAACCAUUGUAGUAGGCAAGAGAGUAAGGAAGUGGUAUCCGUGAGGAUGCUCAGGACAGACCACCUCAGCAACGGGUGGAAGGACAGCUUACAACAUGCACAGCAGGAGGAUCUGGACAUCGAUAAAGGCCAGUGCUCCCAAGCCUAA